AUGUUCGCUGUUCUCGGCGCCCAACUUUAUCGACGAUUUUUUCACACCGGUAAGCAAUUCAUGGCUAACAACGACAAAGUCGCGAACAAGGUGUGCUUGAUUGUCAUCGACGGUUGGGGAAUCAGCGAGGAUCCUUAUGGGAACGCGAUUCUCAACGCUAACACGCCGGUGAUGGACAAACUCUGCUCGGGCAAUUGGGCGCAAAUUGAAGCCCACGGACUUCAUGUCGGUCUUCCCGAAGGCCUCAUGGGCAAUUCGGAAGUCGGACAUUUGAACAUUGGCGCUGGACGAGUUAUCUAUCAAGACAUCGUGAGAAUCAAUCUCGCCGUCAAGAAUAACACACUGGUGACGAACGAGGCGCUCAAAGACGCCGCGCAACGCGCCAAAUCUGGAAACGGACGUCUCCAUUUGGCUGGAUUGGUGUCCGAUGGUGGUGUUCACUCCCAUAUUGAUCAUAUGUUCGCUUUGGUUAAAGCCAUCAAGGAGCUUCAGGUUCCCGAACUUUACAUUCAUUUCUACGGCGACGGACGUGACACCUCGCCAUCCAGCGGUGUUACAUUCCUUCAACAAACCUUGGACUUUUUGAAAGAGCAGCAAUAUGGUAAACUUGCCACCAUUGUCGGACGAUACUACGCCAUGGAUCGCGAUAAUCGAUGGGAGCGUAUUAAUGUUGCCUAUGAGGCGAUGAUCGCCGGAGUUGGAGAAGCUAGCAGCGAGGAUAAGGUGGUUGAUGUUGUCAAGGGACGCUAUGCCGCCGAUCAAACCGACGAGUUCUUGAAGCCAAUCAUUCUCAAUGGGGAGAAUGCUCGCGUGAAGAACGACGACACCGUCAUCUUCUUUGAUUAUCGCGCCGAUCGUAUGCGCGAGAUUUCGGCCGCCAUCGGAAUGGACCGCUACAAGGACUGCAAUUCGAGCCAUCCGCAUCCGUCGAACUUGAAGGUCUACGGAAUGACGCAAUACAAGGCCGACUAUCCAUUCCAGUCGUUGUUCCCGCCGGCGAGCAACAAGAACGUGUUGGCCGAAUGGCUCGCCGAGCAGAAGGUCACCCAAUUCCAUUGCGCCGAAACCGAGAAGUACGCGCACGUGACGUUCUUCUUCAACGGCGGCGUCGAGAAGCAGUUUGAAGGCGAAGAGCGUUGCCUUGUGCCGAGCCCGAAAGUCGCCACCUACGAUUUGCAGCCCGAGAUGUCGUCGGCUGGUGUCGGCGACAAAAUGGUCGAGCAGAUUGUCGCUGGAAAACAUCCGUUCAUUAUGUGCAAUUUUGCGCCGCCCGACAUGGUGGGACACACUGGCGUCUACGAGGCUGCUGUCAAAGCGUGCGAGGCGACCGAUGUCGCGAUUGGGCGUAUUUAUGAGGCGUGCCAGAAGCAUGGCUACACCCUAUUGGUGACGGCCGAUCACGGCAACGCCGAGAAGAUGAAGGCUCCCGACGGCGGCAAACACACCGCCCACACUUGCUAUCGUGUGCCGUUGACGCUCUCGCACCCUGGAUUCAAAUUUGUCAAUCCGGCCGACCGAGCGCCAGCACUUUGCGAUGUUGCGCCAACGGUUUUGGCGGUGAUGGGACUCCCGCAACCGGCUGAAAUGACUGGCCAAUCGAUUGUCCAGAAGAUCUAA